GAGGAUAUAGGGCGCCAUCUUAGGUAAAUAAAGGAGCAUAAAGUUUAAUGUUUUGGUUCACCACAGAGGAAACGUCCAGGAAAGGGACAUUUUGAAGCCAGAAUUUCACAUAUUCUAGACCACAUUAUGCAAUUAUAAUAAUGGUGAGAGUAUAGCAAAAUGACUAUUUUGCCAAAGAAGAAAGUUCAACAGGAGAAAAGGGGCGCAGAAAGCGGUGAAAAUCACCAACAUCAUGGACACAACAGUCAUCACCAUCAUGCACAUAAUUUAGGACAUUCUGUAUCGCAUUCUUCAGGAGAAUCGAGGGGAGGAGCACGGCCAAAAUCAAGAAAUUCGCCGCCUCGUUGGAAUGCAAAUAACCAGAGAGACGAUAGACUGAGUAACCAUGAUGCAAGGACUAGUUAUGAUUCUCAAGAAAGGAGGGAAAAUUCUCAUGGAGGACAUUCAAGCAACAAAAGGGCGAGGCACCGGUCGUCACCUCAACACGAAUACAACGAUUUUGAAUAUGAUCACGCAGGAGUUGCGUGGACUCAAAAUAAUUCGGCGAACUCACAAGCUAAAAUAGGAGGCUCAAGUCCAAGUCCAAGAGAAAGAGAGCAAGACGAAGAAGCUGAUGUUGUUAAUAGUGGUGAUGAGCAUGAUGACAAUACAGAAGAUACAGAGAAUAUAGAAGAGAUUGAAGAACGGUUUGCCCGAGCUUUGAAGGAGAAGAAAGGUUUCAUCAUCAAGAUCAUGGUUCCUGAUGGAGCCUGUCUAUUCAGAUCAGUUGCUGAUCAGGUUUAUGGAGACCAGGAUUGGCAUGCAAUUGUACGUGGGCACUGUAUGGACUACAUGACAAAAAAUGCAGAUUACUUCUCACAAUUCAUCACUGAGGAUUUUCCAACUUACAUUGGGCGUAAGCGGCUAGACAGUUGUCAUGGUAACCAUGUAGAGAUGCAAGCCUUGUCAGAGAUGUACAAUCGCAACAUAGAGGUUUACAUGUACAGUACAGAACCUAUCAACACAUUUCAUACCCUGAACAAGACGGACAAUGAUCCUAUACGUGUGAGCUACCAUCGUAAUGUUCAUUACAACUCUGUUGUCAACCCGCACAAGGCUACAGUAGGAGUUGGUUUAGGCAUGCCCUCAUUUGUGCCUGGGCUGGCAGACAAGACUCUGAUGCGAGAAGCCAUUCAUAUAUCAGAGAAGUCUGCCAUUGAGCAGACAAUGUUACAGGAUAAACUGCUAGCUACUGACUGGGAGGCUACCAAUGAAGCCAUCGAAGAACAAGUCGCCAGGGAAUCCUUUGUUCAGUGGCUGAAAGACAAUGAGAAAAGAGCACAGAAGAAAGCACUCCCUGCAACGGCCACCUGUAGUUCUGCACCUCCUGACUCUCCCCCAGGAUGGUGGGGUGAGGCCAACCAAACAUCUGGUGGUGGUAGCAAAGGUAGUCAUCAUUCUGGUGGCAAACACCCAAGUGGAAAGCACCCCAGUGGAAAACACCCCAGCUCUCAUCAUGCACUGAGUGGUCAUCACUCCAGUGGUCACUUGGUCACUCCACACCAUCAGAGUGGUCAUCUGGUCUCUCCGCACCACCCCCACCAUCCCAGUGGACGUCUAUCGCCAAGGAACAGGGGAAGUGGCAGUGGGUCCAGACCAAACAGUCCUGAGAGACUUGAGGCAGCAAGGUUAAGACCGCUAUCACCAAAUUCAAUUCGGAGCAGGAAUGCGGAGAAGAAGGCUCAACAGCAACAGCAGCAACAACAGGUUGUCUCAAAAGCAGAUCGUCCAACGACAAGUGGUCACAUCUCAAAUCCAGCUUCUCCACAAGGCGCCCAUGCUAGGGACACAGCUAGCCCCAAGGCAGGUCCUAGUGGCUACAAUCCAUCGAGUAAAUCUACCGGAACAGGUGGAAGGAUGGAAGAUAUACCACCAGAAGAGUUUGGUAUAUCUGAAUGGGAGUCUGAGGAUGCGAUCCUAGCCUCAAUUCUUGCCCAAUCUCAUCAGGAGUACCUAGACACCCUCAUACGUAGCACUCACAAGGACACCGACUCAGACAGUUGACCUGGAAGACCAUGUCUCAUUUCACUCACAUCUCUUUCAAACACUGAUUUAUGGCUAGCCAACUUCCCCACUCCGUCAACAUACAUUAGAGCCUGUUCGUGUUUCCAAUGUCAUAGAACAUAUCUUCACUGUUGCCCCUAUUUUAGUUUUAUUUGUUUAUAUUUAGUUAGUUCUGGUUAUGGUUUUUCUCAUUUUUCCUUAUUUGUUGAAUUGAAAUGGUACUGGAAUCACACUGCAGUUUGAGUCAUAGUCAUCAAGAGGAUUAUAAAAGAAGACCAUUUUGACAAUUAACAUACUAUCAAGAGAAACAAAAUAAUAUCAAAUAUCUUGCUGUAAAGCGAAUGGACCAAGUUACAAGCAAUAUAAGCAUAUCAAUGGGAAUGGUAUUAUCAGAAGCUGAUCUAUAGGUUAUAUCUUCUUUUUUUAGCUGCAGACUAACAGCUGGCUUUGUGCAGACUGUUCUUUUUUAUGUUUAUAAUGAUUAAAUGAAUGAAUUCUUCCAUUUUUAUCACUUGUUAUUAUAACUUUUAUUACCAUGAUACUAAAAACUGAUUAUCACACAUAAUUUUUGUUUACAUUUUGAAUUCAUGUUUGUAGUUUCCAUGUUAUGCAUUUUCAUACUUUACUUGUUUUUAUAGAGCUUUCACUUUAGCUGCAACUAGAAAUUUGUAUUUAGUGGUCAAUUCUAACCAGGCCGGGCUUUUACAGUUCUAUGGCCAAAAAAUUCACCCCCAGCGGAAAUGUUGCGGAAAAAGUUGGGGAUAAUUACCCCCAUCCCCUGGUUGCUUUAGGGCUACGAUAUACGUACAUGCUUGUUUAUCAUUUCCCAAAUAAAAUUAUGAUCUUGCUAUUGUUUCAGUCCUUCAUGCGAUUGUUUAUUGGUGUAGUAUUGAUUUAUAGGGAACUCUGAUGAUACUGUCAAACCUGUUUCCCCUACAGGUUGAAUUCAAUUGACAAGGGCUGUACAUUUAUAUAUUUUUGCAUAUAUAUGACUGAAAAGAAAUCCUGUGAAUUGAGAUGGACUGAGGUUCCCUCGAAAAGAUAUUGUCCCGCACAACCAAAACAAAGUAAUAGAAAUCCCAAAGGAUGUAGAAAGUGCAGACUCUCACGGAAAGGAGAAAUAGUACCAUAAAAAGAAACAAAAUCGAUGAAAACAAGAAAGCAUUCAAACCAGCAUGGUCGGUCAAACAAAAACAGAUGAUAGUCUGGAAAAAAUUUAGAUAUGUAUCUUAUGUGUGACAGUGAUGCUACGAAUCCUGGAUUGCUCUUAACUCUUCAAUCAUAAUCCAUCAAAUUUGCAUGAAAUCAGUAUAUUUAUUGCAUUCAUUUCCAUGUGAUCAUGUAAGGAAUAAAUUGUGUACAGGAGGAGGCAGACAAUGUCAGAAUGUGAAAUGAUUACCAAAUACAUUGUUAUUUGUUCAAUCUUGGAAAUAUUGUAAAGAAAUUUGCCCAAACUUACAUUAGAAUUUUAUUAAAUUGGAAAGUUAAGUUAAACCUUUCAUACCAAAGUAUUAAAAUUUAAAGUCAGGUUCAACUAUGUUUUCUUUGAAGGUUAUGACGAGUGAGGUAACUAGAGGAUCAUUAGCAUAAAACUGAUUAUAAGAGGUCUCAUACUGUCAAAAUUCCAUGAAACCACCCAUGAAAAUCAUUUAUUUUUUUGCUUUCCUAAUCUUUUCAAAUUUUAACUCAUCAAUUGUCAUAGUCUAUGUAAUGCUCUGAUGAUUUCUGUGGCAAGCUUUUUGAAAUAGAAUGUGCACAUGGAUGGCACACAUAUUCACAGAAAGGGAAUGCUCAGUGGUCUUUUUUUUUUUACACGACUAUUGCUUUGAAGGAGACCCAGGUACAAGACUCAAUGUUUGUAUUUUACAAAUCUAAUUUCAAUAUACAGUAUGUUGUGAUUUUCAUUCUCAGUGACAAAGAAGUUGAAUAUCCAAAGUGCCACCUCUGCAACAACUAAACAACAUCUUUUUAAAGCAUGCAUAGAUAAUUUGCAGUGUGUGAAAAUAUUCUCAUUUAUUUUGUAGGGUGGUUAUGAAAUCUUGUGGUUUAAUCAUUUUCUUUAAAAUGCCUCACUAGCUUCUUGGAUGACCAUGUACACAGAGAUGUAGAAAAGACAAAUUUAGAUGGGGUAGAGAUUCUUAUAAAAAUAUUCCCCUCAAAAUAGCAGCACCAACAAAGAAGUGAAGUGAUAAUAAUCCAAUCUAUUGUAGAUAUGAUACAUGUUUGUUGGAGUCAAAUUUAUUAAGGGUGAAUUUUGAAAUCUGCUGACACAAUUGUUUCUUUAGUUUCCCUUUAUUGAAAAAAAAAGAAAAGUGCAUGAUCCGAAUUCUAAUUUCAUUGUCUGUCACAGAAAGAGUCUGUUAUGUCUUGAAAAAAAAUUCAAUAUAUAUUUUUCAUCAUGCACAUAUCACAUUACGACUUUGUAAAACCAUAUGACUAGUUGGCAUUUUUUUAACAUGAUUUAACAAUGAGUUAAAAAUACAUUUGCCACAUGAUAGAUUUAUAAAACACCUGUUUUAACCCAGUGUGGAAGUCAUUUUCAUCGAGAAUGCUUCUUGAUUAAAAACUGCGGGUAGUAUGAAGUGCUAGUAUUAGCGUGCUAGUAUUAGCAAUGUGUUAUAUUCCUUUUAUUAGUAUUACAUAUUGAUGAUUGUCAAUGCAUGAAUACAUGUAGUGUGACAUUGAAAACCUCAGUGAUCUGCCAUACAUUUUGAUAUUGCUAAAUUUAUUUCCUUAUCUUUAUGAUAUCGUCAUAAAUCUGGAAAAAGUCUUUAUUUGUGACAAAAAAAUAUUGUUGUUAUACCAUAGUUUUGCUGCAAAAGAAGCAUCCUAUUGCUUCUUUUUUUUUGCAUGUAAUUUUUACUUUCGUCUUUCAAUGGAUGUUUUCAUUCUGAAAUUGAAAUUCAGAAUUUCAGGUUGCUGCUGUCAAAUGAUGUGAUAGAUUCUAGUUCUUGAUACUCAGAAACUUGAAAUUUUUUUGAUUUUUUUUUUUUUUACAGUUGUGAUACAAAAAGAUGAAGAGCCAUUGAAGUAGGGCAUCUGAGAAUUUUUUUUUUUUUAGUAUCAAUUUUUUUUGUGUGAAAGAAAAAGGAUAAGUAAUUGUUCAAGAAAGCUGUCUGGUUUUACUUUAUGACGUGUCUGCAAUUGUAACCUAAUGGAAAUAUCAUACCAGUAACCGAUGCUGGACAUUUUUUCAACAUAUGUUUAUAGUAUUUUUCCAAGGAUUUGAAAGCUUAUAUCAUUGGUUUAUAGUAGACAAAGGGUCUAUUAAUGAAUUAGCACCAAAAUGGUGUGAGUUUCUUAAUUGCUUCUAAAUGGCAUUUCUCCACUUGUAAGUUAGUUUUGGGGUUAUUUCCAUCCUAUUUCAUUCAAUUUAUUACCACAUGUGUGUUUGUGCAUAAGAAAUAUAUUAUUUAAUGAGUUAUCACAGAAUAGCCAAAUGAAGAUAUACAUGGUAUCUCAUCCAUUUUAAAGGUCAUGAUAUGUGUACUGAAUUAUUUUGUAAUCUUAAAACACUUCACGAUUAGAGAAGUAUACAUCUUAUCCUUGUUAAGAAUAUGCUAGUCAAAUUUAUGAAUAUGAGAGCCGUAUACAUGUAUAACAUUUAUAUAUAUCAGAUUAACCUCUUUGAGAUUCAUAUUCUAACAAACUUUUAUUUAUAUUUCAAAGACCUAAUUCAGAGAGCAAUUCAGAAAGAGGCAACUAUUAAUUUUACAGUUUAUUUAUUUUGUAUUUCUUAUAAACGUUUGUGUAGUUUGAUCAGUGCAAAACUUCUCUUUAUGAUGCUGUAAAACAAACACAAAAACAAAUGUAUUACAUUAAUACAUUUGUAAAGAGGCAUGGUUUGAUUCAUUUAUUUGAAAGUAUCCAUUGAUGCCCAGUGCGAUGUUUGUCACAUAAAUUAUGCCUCAGAUCAUGUCAGAUUUCUUCAAGUGUACUAAAUCCACAUGGUUAAUCACCAUUUGACAUUGGGUUAUGGCAUUAGGACUUGUUUGGGUUUUGUAUUCUGAGAUGGAAUUAUUUUCAGAAAACAUUUGUUUCCACAUGGUGGUUGGAAGAAUGAUUUAUUAGUUGCAAUAUCAGAUAAUGGAUGGUUACUAAUUUUUGAAUAUUUUAAAGUAAAAUAAAUAUGUUGUGAUUUUUAUGUAAAAGGUAAUUUCUCCAAUGGAACCAUAGUUAUUCCUUGUUAAUCUCAAUUAUUUUUGUUGGAUAGCACAAGAGAAUAUGUAUCAACAUGGUUUUGUGUUUUGUAAAAGAUAUAUGUUAUGAAGGUAUAAAUGAGCCUAUGUAUUUUUUUGUAAAGUUAUGUGGCCAAGUGAGGUUUUGCCUUUAGCUGUGAAUAUUACACAUGAUACUAAACACUAAAUGUUUUCUUUUUAUUCAAAAGUAGAACAUCCAUAGUCAUGGUUCUUAAGCAUGAUUUUGUGAAUCAUCAAUAAAUAAAUGUAUUAAAAUGAUUAAUAA